UCUCUCUCUCUCAGCUUCAGACUAAAAGUAUUUAUUUAUUCGCGCCCAAUUUGUCCUAUUUUUCGAAAUUAAGCGCCUGUUUGGAGAUGCCCUACUGAUUCGACAGACACAAGCUUCAAUUAUUUCAGUUUUCACCCUUCGAAUUCCCUGAGAUAAACAACAGCCUAUGGACGAAUCCAUACAAAAACGACGCCAGCGCCAACAGACGCUGCAGCGGGCCAACAUCGACUCGUGGCUAGACAGGAAUGCGCGCCUCGACACAAGGGCCUUGGAUGCCAACCUGAAGAAGAACACCGGCUUCAUCAAAAAGUGCAAGGCGUCGAUGGGCCAGGACAACGCACCGCAGCUACUGCGCGAAGUAAAGCUGCUGCGUCUUGACAAGUACGUCAGCGAGAUUGUGCCUGCGGCCGCCGAAGGUCUGCUCAAAUGCAAGCAGGCGAGUGACGUAAACGCCGCCAUUGAUGUGAUCUCGGCCCUGCACACGCGCUUCCCGGCUACGUUUACUGUGCCGCUGAUUGUGCAGAUCCUAAAGCAUCUACAGGCACCCAAGGUCACAGCGCUAGCGCAGAUGACUAGCGAGCAGCGGGAGAAGGAAGAGCAGGCGCGGCAGGCAAAGCAAAGGGCCCUGCUGAGGAUUGUCGGCGAGAUGUUUCUGAGCGGCCUGCUGUGGGGCAUUGACGCAAUUCCUGACGGCGUCGAGGGAAUUGACAGGGUGGAGGCGUUUUUGCUGUCGUUUGCUGGCGCGGCAAGCGGUAGCAAAGUAGCAGGCAAGGUGCGUGAUCUGGUGAAGCAGCCUGGAUACAGCGUGUUUGCGGGCGUUUUGCAGAAUCUGUUUUUGAGCGACAAGGAGCACCAUCUGAGCUGUGUCCUGGCUGCGUCUGUGGCGAAGGCGUUCCGCAGCGACUUUGCUUUGGCUGAGGGCGAUUCACUGGACACUGCAGCCAGCGUGGUCAAUCUUGCUGGAAUGCAGAACGACACCAGCGAACACGUCGUCACCGAGGACAUGUGCAAGCGCGUCAAGUCUAUUUUGCAAGAGUACUGCGACACUGCUGUCGAGCACGUCACUAGCAUGCACAAGAACCUUGUUAAGAUGCGCCGCAAGGCCGAGGAGCGCCUGUUCACGAAGGGCGUUGUGCACACGGAGGUCAAGGAGAAGCUGGAGCGGCACGAAAAGUCGUUUGACAGGCUUGCCGAGAGCGUGCGGCUGCUGUGCGAGUCGCUAGCCCGUGAGCCGCCGCACCUAGAGGACAAGGCGGAUGACGAUGACCAGCUUGGAAUCAGCUUCGAUGCACCUGCGACACCUGCGCGCAAGUGGAGGUCCAAGGUCUGGGACGACGAUGAGGAGCGCCUAUUCUAUGAGGUUGUGCUAGACCUGCAGUCACAGCUGCCGCCCACGCUGCUCGCGACUCAGAAGAAGAAGAAGAACCAGCCGACAGAGAAGCCAGCUGCUGCCUCUGACACCAAGAUGGACGACCUCAACGAGGAGGACAUUAAGGUUGAUUUGCAGGCAGGUGCCGAGGACGGCGAUGAUGACGCAGGCGUUGACGAGGCGGCCAACGCAGCGAGCAUGAUCGAGUACCAGCAGUUCCUGGAGCAGCGCCAGCGUGGUGGUGCUGGCGACGGACAGGAUGCUAAAUCCGAUUCAGAGAUUGCUGCACCUGUCGCUGAAAAGGAGCCCAAGGAGAGCAGCCCUGCUGAAGGUGUAGAUGAUGCCAAGGAUGGGCUGACAGUGGUGCAAAAAUCCGGGUCAAGCGGCGACACGGUCCAUUCAUUUGUGCCAGUGAAGUUCCAUGAGCUGCUAUCUCAGCUGCCAACAAUGACCAGCAAGGAGCGCGUCGACCAGAUGGCCGUGAACUUUUGCUACGUCAACAGCAAGGGGAACCGGGUAAGGCUGAUUCGUGCGCUGGCCGACGUUCCACGGAAGCAGCUGUUCUUGAUCCCCUACUAUGCACGGAUCAUGGCUACCCUGCAGCCCGAUCUGCUGGACUUGCGGCUCAAGAACGUGCGGUACAUUGCUGAGCUAACAAAAUUCAAGGUUGCGCCGCUGCACGUGGCGUUUCGGUGUGGCAAGUCGCUGCUCGAGCAGUUCAAUGCGCUGAAUAUUGAGGUGCUUUGCUCGCUGCUCGAUAACUGCGGACGGUUCCUGCUGGCGCAGGUCGAGACUGCAGGCCGCAUUGAGAACAUCCUGGACAUUCUAAGGCGCAAACGUAGGGUGCUGGAUCUCGACGAUCGCAUCAGCCUGCUCAUUGACAAUGCGUGCCGUCUGUGCCAGCCAGGAGACACGCAGGGAAUGGUGGUGAGCAAGUUCCGCACACCGUAUGAGCGGUACAUCCGCAAGUUGAUCUACGAGGACCUGUCGACAGGCACCUUGGCUGAUGUGGCCAAGCGACUGCGCAGGCUGCCGUGGAACGACACCUCUGACCAGGACCCGCAGCGCGUGAAGCUGGCACUAGUGAACUGCUUCACCAAGAUCUGGAAGGUGAAUCACGCACAGAUGCCACUGCUGCACGUCUAUCAUCCGUGGCUCCGUGUCACGAUCGUUGACACGGUCUUGGAGAACAUCAAGGUGGGGUUGGAGCGCAAUCUCUUUGUGCACAACCAGCGACGGAUCGCUGAGAUUCGGUACGUAGGCCAAAUGUUCCUGUGCCCAUCGCUGUAUAUGCUGACACGCUAUGGGCACCACGAGCCGCACCCGGUGCCUGGGCGAAGCUGCGAAAUCGACGCUUUUGACGACCACUUCCGGAUCCGUCUCAUUUGCACGCUGCUAAUUGCCACGCGCAACUUCAUCAAGGGCGCAGAAGCACAGCGCGCGAUUGAGGAGUUCUCGGUUUAUUUCCAGAUGUACAUUCUAGCCAAGCAGCAGCCGUUACCGAUCGACAUUGGAUACACAGUCGAUCAGACGUUUGAGGCAGGACUCCGCAAGGUGCAGCGAUUCGCGACGUGGGAGGAGGCUGCGCAGGCCAUGGAGGCGCUGGUUCAAACCAAGUCGAUGCGUACCAAUAGCGAGGUGCAGGCACCGCAGACACAGAGUGCCAACGACCAGGCUGCCGCUGCAGCCUACGAGGAGGAAGAGGAGGAAGAGGAAGAAGAGGACGAGGACCUGGGCGCCAGCGAUCAGCGACAGCGACAGCGAAUGGAGGAAGCACGGCGGCAGAUGGAGGAUCUGAAGCGGCUGCUGGAGAAGGAAGAGGAGGAUCGUUUGGAACAUGAAUUCAUGCGGCUCAUGGUCGACUCGUCUGACCAGCGCACCAACGAGCGGACUGGCAAGCUGGACAACAGCGACGACUCGGACGAGGGCGAGCCAGCCGACAAUGCCAUCCGCUUUGCGCUGCUGACUGGCAAGAAGCAGCGGCCGGUUGUCCGCGCAGUCGACAUCCCUGUCGAGUCGGCGAUUGCACGCAACCUGCGGAUUCACGAGCAGGCGACGAUGCGCGAGAAGCAGAACCUGAAGAAGAUUGAGCAGAGGAUGCAAGGCAUGCGCGAGCAGGCUGCACGCAGGGCCAGAGCGACCAGUGCUGCGGCGCCGCAGCCAGCAGGUGUGCCAGGCGCGACCUUUGUGGCCAAGGCACCGUCUAGGCGCAAUGGCGGCAGAAGGC